AAUAUUAACAUUAUUGUGCGCGUACAAGAGUAGUCAAAAAGAAAAGAUUUUGUAGGGAAUUGUGCGUUAACCAUGAAACAAGCAAAAUUUGGCCUUUGUGCCAUAGUGGCUCUCGUAGCUGUGUUUGGUUUGGGUGUAACCAAUGCCUCUCCCGUACACCAACAGUUGGUGGGAGCAAAAAAAUGCACCUGGGGACCCUCAUACUGGUGCAGUAACUUGGUGAAUGCUAAAGGUUGCAAGGCUGUUCGCCAUUGCAUUCAAACCGUAUGGGAAAGCCAUAAUGUACCAGAGGACAAUGAUUCCAUUUGCAAAAUUUGCAAGGACAUGGUUACCCAGGCUCGCGAUCAAUUGCGGAGCAAUGAAACAAUGGAGGAAUUGAAAGAAGUCUUUGAGGGUUCAUGCAACUUGAUUCCCAUCAAAGUUGUGAAAAAGGAAUGUUGCAAGUUGGCCGACGAUUUUAUUCCAGAAUUGGUUGAAGCUUUGUCAUCGCAAAUGAAUCCUGAUCAAGUCUGCUCUGUUGCUGGUCUCUGUAACAAUGCCGAAAUCGACAAACUGCUAACGAAAUAUUAUAGCGGCGCCUUGGAUGGUACUUUGCGCGAAAGCGAAGAAGACAAGAGCACGGAAGAGGUUAAAGCUGUUGCUGUCCAGCCAGCAAAGAAGGCUUCGUUGACUUGUGGCAAUUGCUUCAGUGUGGCCACAAUGAUGUCAAAUAAAUUCCAAACGAGCAAUCGCGAUGACAUUUUGGAAAAUAUUCUACACAUGUGUGGUGGAAUGUCCUCAUUCUCGGAUGCUUGUGCUAACAUCGUUUUGACCUACUUCAAUGAUAUAUAUGACCACAUUAAGGGAAACCUUCAACCUGCCGGAAUUUGCCACCUUUCUGGAGUAUGCGCAGCCAGAUAUCACCAGCAUCCUGAAGAUCCCAAGGAAGAAGAACCCAUCGAUUUAAUGGCCCCUGGCAAUGAUGACAUUCCAUGUGAAUUGUGUCAACAAUUGGUGCAUCAUUUACGCGAUUUAUUGGUGGCCAAUACUACCGAGGCCGAAUUCAAACAAGUCAUGGAAGGUCUUUGCAAUCAAACUAAGAAUUUCAAGAGCGAAUGUAUAUCUCUAGUUGACCAGUACUACCAUACCAUCUACACGACACUUGUCAAUGAUUUAGACGCCAACGGGGCUUGUUUCCUAAUCGGAGUGUGCCCCAAGGGUGCCGAUUACUUGUACAAAGGUGAUAUUAUGCCAUUGUUGCCUGUUUUGCCACCAGCUGAAAUUAAAGUAACUAUUCGCAAGAAGUUGGGUGCUCAUGAGCCCAAAUUCACCCAAGAAGACCUUCAAGCCAUGGCUUUGCCCAUUGAUCAUUUGAUGGGCGCCGCCAAUCCCUUACUUCUUGUCGAGGGUGGAGAGUUGUGCACCAUUUGCGAGUACAUGCUGCACUUCAUUCAGGAGACUCUGGCCACACCAGCUACCGAAGACGAAAUUAAAAGAACCGUGGAGAGCAUUUGCAACAAGUUGCCCAAGAGCGUUAAUGACAAGUGUUCGAAAUUUGUAGACGAAUAUGGCGACGCUGUUGUGGCAUUGCUUAUUCAAGGCCUUAAUCCCGCGGACAUUUGUCCCAAAAUGCAAAUGUGCCCAAAACACCAAGAAAAUCACAAUGACAUGGAAGUAUUCUCUCCAAAAACAAACGACGAACAAGACAAGCCCACGUGUCCCUUGUGUUUGUUUGCCGUCGAACAGGCACAAGAGAAAAUCAAGAAUGACAAGUCCAAGAAAAACAUCAAAGACGUCUUGGAUCACUUGUGCACACAUUUGCCACAAAAAUUGCAAGCAGAAUGUGUUGAUUUCGUUGAAACCUAUUCAUCGGAAUUAAUUGACAUGCUAAUAUCGGAUUUCAAGCCUCAGGAAAUAUGUGUUUCAUUGAAAUUAUGUCCCAAAUCCAACAACUAUUUGGAAGAAAUGGGCCUAAGUGCCGAAGAUGAUAGCAGCAGCCAGGAAUUUGAUAACGAUCUAUCCUUCAACGAAGUCGUUCCCAGUGAGGAACUUCCUGUAGAAAUUGUCUUCCAACAUCACUCCGAAGGCGUAACACCCAAUUGUUUGUUGUGUGAGGAAAUGAUAAAAUUAGCCGAGAAGCGUAUCAACAAGAAAACAACUAAGCUUGCGGUGGAAACCAUUUCCAAGGAUGAUAUCAAAAGGGCUUUGGAACAUUCCUGCGAUAAGAUGCGCACCAAUUUCCGUGCAAAAUGCCACAGAUAUGUGGACAAAUACGGUGACCAAAUAGCCGAGCUCUUACUUAAGGAAAUGGACCCGAAAUUGAUUUGUACUGAGUUGGGCCUGUGUCUCUUCAGCGAACAAGAAGAUUUGGAAAUUGACGAAGCCUUGAAAUACGAUGUCAUUGCGAUGCCCACAGAAAAUGUGGUUUUGGGCAAAAGUGACCGUUACAGCGGUCUAGAUACAUCAUUGAGGGUGCAAGAACCACCAACAUGUGUUAUGUGUGAAUUCAUUAUGACCAAAUUGGAAAACGAUUUGAAGGACAAACACGAGCAGGAACAAAUCAAAGCAGCCAUUGAAAAUGUUUGCAAUCACAUGCCCAAAACGGUUACCAAAACCUGCGAUAAUUUUGUAGAGAAAUACGCAGACGCCAUCCUUUCCAUGCUUGGAUCGGUGCCGCCCAAGGAAGUAUGCCAGCGUAUGUUACUAUGUUUCGAUGGCUUGAGUGUGGUUUCGGACGAAGUCAUAGAGUGCGGCGUUUGCCACGGAGCCACCUCAUCACUAUUGCCUUAUUUCAGAAUGGUAAAUACGGAGCACGAUAAUAUAGAUGCCACCGAAAUGACUGAAGUGGCUUGUGAGGCAGUACCAGCCAAAUAUUAUAGCAUCUGUUCUGAAUUGGUUGAGGUUUACGGCAAGAGUAUCAUGCAUUUGUCAGAGAGCAUAGUGAUUGACGAGUCUAGCGUUUGCUCCCAAAUUGGCAAAUGUUUUAAUCACGAGAAGUCUUCCCUAGCCUUUGCCAGAAUUUCAGGCUAAAACUUCAGUAACUGUUGCAGAUGCAUGUUUAUGGAGAACUUAAAGUUAUAGCAAAAAUUGGUGAUUAAAAGGCGGGUGAAUUCUUAAUUGUAUUGUGAUGCAUUCUUUUCUUUUGUAUAUUGUCGUUUAAAACCCAACAAAAAACUAUUAAAACAUAUGUCUAAAACUAUAGAAUUCAUUGCGAAAAACAAAAUAUAAAUAUCGAAAAAAAGAACGAAAUUUUCAGUUUCAACCAUUGCUAACUAUCACACAGACAUGUAUUUCUUAUUGCGCAUAUUCAUAUCUGCACUUCUCAUCAUUUAAUUAUUUUUCUCUAACGUUUAUAAAAUAUUAGUUGGCUAAUUCUAUUUUAUAUUAGUUUGUAAAGACUUUGUCAAAAGAAUGAAAUAAAGUAAAUAUAAUAUUAAA